GGAACAGGGUCUCCAGAAAAGCUAUAAAGAGGCCCUCAAACCCUGCCCUGGAGAAGAAUCAUCCAACAGCAGCAAUCCAAAAAAGCAAAGCAAGCUCAGUCUUUCAAUCCCAAAACCACUUUCGAUCAAAACCUUCCAAGCUUUUCUAAACCUCCACCACCUCAAUCAAAAUGCGUUUCUCUCUCGCUGCCCUCUCCACCGUCCUCCUUAUGGGCGCCGUCUACGCUUCCCCCGCCCCCGGUGGCGGUGAGGACGAGAUGCCCGACAAGCACGAGAAGGGCGGCAAGCACGGCUACGAUGGCGGCAAGCACGGCUACGAUGGCGGCAAGCACGGCGACGAUGGCGGCAAGAUCAUCAACAUCGAGCACCUCGAAUACGUCACCAACAAGUACACCUGUGUUGAGGAGAACCACACCAUCGAUCUGGCCCUCCUGACCGAGGCUGGUGACGGCUGCGCCAAGAGCGCUCUGCUCGAACUCGGCCUCCUCAACAUCCUGUAAGCCGGUGCGUUAAGCACUGCCAGGAUUGAGUUGAGCUUCUACGCCGACCACCUAAAAUUGGGACUUGAAAGAAUUUCAAGACGGAGUUAUUUGCUUUUCACUCAUAUGCGAACUGUUCGGCCGAUGUAUCUAAG